AUGGUGAAGAAGAAUAGGAAGAGUGGAGCGCACAACAAAACGAAAAAUGUGGAUGAGAUGAGCAAAAAAGAUGCGCUUUAUCAUCAGGAGAAAUUCGUGAAGCAAGUGCAAAAACAAAAAUAUUUGGAGCACAAAGAAAAAGAGCUUGCGCGUCAGCCACAUUGUCUAGUUAUUCACCGAGGUGAUGUUGGAAAAUAUGUGAAAGGGCUGGAAACCGAUUUGAGAAAUGUUAUGGAGCCGAACACUGCGAAAAAUCUCAAAAUCUUGAAGCGAAAUAACAUCAAAGAUUUUAUUGUGAACGGCAGUGUUCUUGGUGUCACAAAUAUGAUGGUUUUAACAGCCAGUGAUGCAUCGCUCCAACUUCGAAUGAUGCGAUUCUCACAAGGACCAACACUUACUUUCAAAGUGAAGCAAUAUUCAUUGGCACGACAUGUUGUGAGCUGCCAAAAGCGACCAGUUGCAACUGAUAAAUUGUAUAAAACCUCACCGCUUGUUGUGAUGAACGGGUUUAAUGAUAGUACGAAACGGCAACUUGCGCUAACUCAAACAUUCCUGCAAAAUAUGUUCCCUGGAAUCAAUGUGGAUACUAUUCAACUCAGUCAUUUGAAAAGAUGUCUAAUUGUUAAUUAUAAUGAGGAGACGGAUGAAAUUGAUAUUCGACAUUAGUAAGAAAUCGAUUUUUGAUUUUUGAAGAUGAAAUAUAUUUUCUACUAUUUUUUGACUUACUGAUAUCUUGAUUGAUCAGCAAGUUUAAAUCAAUUAGAAAAUAUAUUCCAUCAAAGAUCUAUCAAACAUCAAAAAUAUAAAAAUUUCAGCGCAAUCCGAGUUGUGGCAAGUGGUUUGAAUAAAUCCGUCAAGAAAUUGGUGCAAGCUGAGAAGACAAUGUCGAAAACUAUUCCGGAUUUGAGCAAUUAUAAGGAUAUUAGUGACUACUUUUUGAAGUUAGUGUAUCUCUUAAUAUUCCUGAAAAAUUAAAUAUUCUUUUCUCUGAAAAAUCCCAGCUCAAAAAGCAACAGAAAUUCUCCAAAGUUGAUGUUUUUUAUGAAAAUAUUAAUUUUCCUCUGAAAAAUCGUUCAGAAACACCUGCAUUUCAACUCUAAAAUCUUCUCAUUUUUCCAGCCCUGGUCAAUUAUCCGACAGUGAAUUCGAAGGUGAUCAACAAGAAGUCGAACUUCCACAAGAAAUCUCGGAAUCUCGUGGAUGUGGAGUCGGUCAAAAAUCAAAUGUUCGAUUGCAUGAAAUUGGACCACGACUUCUUUUGGAAUUGACGAAAAUUGAAGAAGGAAUUGAUGAGGGAGAAGUACUUUAUCAUAAACAUAAUGAAAAAACACCGGAUGAAUUGGUCAAAUUGAGAGCACAUAUGAAUAAGAAAAAGUGAGAUUUUUAAGGGGUUGGGGUGAAAAAUUUGGGGGAAAAUUGAUAAAAAUGGAGAUUUUUUCACCGCAAAUUGAUUUUCAAAGUUGAAAUCUCAUAAAAAUUAUGAUUUAGUACAGUAAAAAUGAUGGAAACCGAGCGAAAAUUAAAACUUUUAGCUGCAGAGUUUAAAAAUCUUCAGAACAUCAAACAUCUCAAAAAGUUCAAGUUCUCCCAACAAAAAACCUCAUUCUUUGCAGACAAAUGAAAAAACGACGUGAACAAGAGAAUGAACAACGUGUAAUUCGUCGUCUCGAAGUGAAUAAAGAGCGAAAUGAUGCGGAAGAAGCUGAAAUUAAAGCGAUUCGAGAAACGGCGGCAAGAAGACAAGCAGCUGCAACUGGACAAGUUGAAGAAGUUGAAAAUGAAAAGGAAAAAGAUCGAGAAAUUGCGAUGCAAAGAGAAAGGUGAGAGAGUAUUUGAAUUUAUCUUUAAUAUUUGCUUGAACAAAUUUUUGGGCUGAAAAUCAUAAAAUUGUCUUAUUUUCAGUUUUUAUUCGAAAAAAAUGAAAAUUGUGUAGAAAUUAUUUAAUUAGGAUAAAUUAUGAUUUUCUCUAGUUUUUGGUUUUAUAUAUCAAAAACUCAUUAAAUAUCAAAAUAUAAUAGAAAAUCUUGAAACAGUGAAAUUUUGAAUAGCACCUUUUUGAAAAAAAACGAAAAUCGAUAUUUUUAUUCAGAAAUUUAUUUUUUCUUUCAAAUUGUUUUUCAAAAAAACCCAGAUUAUUUAUGUUUCAAAAUUUUUAUAUCUAAAAAUUUCGGAAACGAUCGGGGCUAAAAAUGUCAUCUUUUUGUUUCUGAAUUUGGAAUGAAUGUUAUAAAAAUAAUUUAGUGUUAAAUUGAAAGAAAAAUUCAUUCAAAAAAUACUGUUUCAAAAUUUAAUGGAAAGAAGGAACAGUUUUUCUUUUUAAAAAAUAUUUAUUAGCAACAAUAGAAAAAUUACGAUGUUUCAAACAAUUGCUUCAAAAUUUCCAAAAAUGAUAUUUUGCAGAGACCUCAAACGAGCCAACGAAGAAUGGGGAACCGAUGGAGGAAAUAGUAGAGAAUUCAAGAGACGCAGACAUAACGAUGAAGAAGGAAAUGAAGGAGGAUUCAGAGGAAGAAGGGGUGGAUUCCGGGGAGGAAAUCGAGAUUUUGGCGAAAAUUCUGGAGGCUUCAGAGGAAGAUCGGGCUCUAGAGGUGGUGGAUUUAGAGGAAGUUCAGAAGGAGGAUUUAGAGGAAGAGGAAGUUCAAGAGGAGGUGGAUUUAGAGGAGGAUCAGGAGGAAAUCGAGAUUCGAAUGGAUAUAGAGGAAGAUCGGAUGGAGGAUCUGGCGGUUUUAGAGGAGGAUCUCGAGGUGGAUUCAGAGGAACUGGAGGAAAUCGAGAUGGAGGUUCAGGAUUCAGAGGUCGAGAUUCUGGUGGCUUCAGAGGAGGAUCUAGAGGAGGUUCAGGAGGAUUCAGAAGUGGAAGUUCUAGAGGCGGAGGAUUCCGUGGUGGUUCAAGAGGUGGUGGAUUCAGAGGAAGAAAUUAA